AUGAGUGCGUGUCAUCUUCUACUUGGAAGACCAUGGAAAUUUGAUAGAAAGGUCAUUCAUGAGGGGGAUUCUAAUAUGUAUUCAGUGUUGGUUGGCUCUAAGAGGGUUCGAUUGCAGCCCCUAGCUCCUCAUUCAUUGGCGCCAAAACAACCACCUAAGACACCAAGUUUUUUUCUAAAUUCAAAGGAGUUCGAGCAAGAAGUGGAGGAACAAGGUUGUGCUUAUGCCUUGGUUGUUAGACAUGCUACCACAAGUAUCAAGACUCCUAGUAAUGAGAAGCUUGAAUCAUUGAUGAAAGAGUUUGCGGAUGUCUUUCUUGACGAGUUACCACAAGGACUCCCACCCUUAAGAGGUAUAAAACAUGCUAUUGAUCUUAUACCUGUCACCCCUUUACCUAACAAGCCUGGUUAUAGAUGUGAUACAGUAGUUACUAGGGAGUUGUAA